GACUGACCUCUCAACCUUGGCACGUCAAAACCAAUAUUCCACUUCCUCGAAAAUGUAUAAAACUAAUCGAAAGCCUCACCGUUUUCCUCACUGAUUCAUUCUCAUCACACAUUCUUCUAUAUACAUAACAGCAGCCUCUUGGCUUUCCUUUUGUUCUCUAUCCCUUCAAACACCAACUCUCCUUCUCACCAUGAAACUCUUCAACGCCUUCGCUACAGCGCUCGGUCUAGCUGGUCUAGCCCAAGCCCACAUGGAGAUGACAUAUCCUCCCCCCUUCAAGAGCAAAUAUAACCCCAACGCCGGACAAGACAUCGACUACAGCAUGACUUCACCUCUCAACGGCGACGGAAGCAACUUUCCCUGCAAGGGAUACAACUCUCUUUUCGGCACCGCAGCCGGUGCACCUACCGCUACGUGGCAGGCUGGAAAGUCGUACAGCAUCAGCAUCGCUGGCGGUGCAGACCACGGAGGCGGUAGUUGCCAGGCCUCACUCUCUUUUGAUCGCGGCAAGACUUGGGUCGUUAUCCAGUCGUGGAUUGGAAAUUGCCCCAAGGCGCCAACUUCAAACUUUCAGUUUACUCUUCCGGUUGAUACACCAGCUGGAGAAGCUCUUUUCGCUUGGACUUGGUUUAACAAGAUUGGAAAUCGCGAGAUGUAUAUGAAUUGCGCGGCUAUUACAGUCAAGGCUGGAAGUGGAACACCAAAGACGCCACUUAAGAAGCGACCUGCUAUGUUUGUCGCCAACGUCGGAAAGGGAUGCGGAACUACGGAAAUGGUUGAUCUCAUGUUUCCUAACCCGGGACCUGAUGUCUCCCUCACCUCGACUAACACUGGACCGCCGGUCGGUCAGUGCCCUGCUGGACCAGGAGUCCAAUAUCCCUCUGCCAGUCCUUCUCCGACAAAGACAACUACUACAAAGAAGCCGACUACGACUAAGCCACCAGUGAAGUCUACAGCUCCUGGCGGUGUUUUCAUCACUGUUCCCUCAACUACCAAGAAGACGACCCUCAAGUCUACAACCCGCAAGACAACAAGCACCACUACACCGGUCAAGCCCGCACCGACCAAACCCGCCGCUGGUGUCAUCGCUCCCGGUACAGCUUGUAAACCCGAGGGCUACUGGAACUGCAUCAAGACAGGAACCGCUUUCCAGCGAUGUGCUUCUGGUACUUGUAUCAUCAAUAUCGUCAUGGAACGUAUGAGGCCAGAAAGCGCAUUGCGGCUUAAGACUGACAAGAGUAGGUAUCCUAUUCCCAACGAUGAUGCGGAGCAGAACCGAGACGAUAUGAAGCAUGCCAUGAUGCUGGAGCUCACCAAUGGUAACCUGUUCUUCUCGCCCAUCAUCGAAAACCCCCAGAAGAUUAUUGAUCUCGCAACCGGAACUGGUAUCUGGGCCAUCGACGUCGCCGAUAAAUUCCCCAGCGCAUCUGUGACAGGAGUCGAUCUCAGUCCCAUUCAACCAUCAUGGGUCCCUCCAAACCUCAAGUUUCUCGUCGACGACAUCGAAGACGAAUGGAUGCACGGCGGUGACUUUGACUUUGUGCACAUGCGCUGCAUCAGCCCCUGGUUAAAAGACGAAGUCAAGGUUCUUCGUCAAGCACACGAGCACAUGAAGCCUGGCGCCUGGAUCGAAAUCCAAGAACUCGAUGCCCGCGCCAAUUGCGAUGACGGCUCCCUAGCCCCAGACGCCCCUCUCGCCAAAUUCUUCGACACCGCUGAACAAGCCGUAGCCAGUUUCGGCAUGAAGUUUCGUGCAGGUGAGAACUUGCGCGAACCUCUUGAGAAGGCGGGCUUCACCAACGUCUCCUGCAAAGUCCUCAAAGUCCCCAUCGGAACAUGGGCAAAGGAUAAAAAGCUUCGCCUCAUUGGAUUGUACCUCAAGACCGCGGUCAACGACAUGUUCGGCGCCAUGGCUGCGAAGCCGCUGCGCAAGAUCUUGGGGCCUGAAGAGAUUGAGGUAUUCUUGGCUGAUGCGAGAAAGGAUUUGAACAAUGUGAAUAUUCAUUCAUAUGAGAAGUAUUACUUCUGGAUGGGACAGAAGGCGGCAGAGUAGAGGGGUUGGUAGAAUAAGAAGCCUUGGAAAAAGCUCUCGUGCGAUCUCAGUUCUCUGUAGCCACGCGUACUUUGGAGCGAUCUCGGUAAAGAAUAUCUGAGUUAUCUGUUGCUUUCAAUACCAAGUGAGAGCUACCGCAGCCUCUUUUUGCAAUCAA